AUGGUAUCGCCUCAAAGCCCCAUCAUCUAUCUCAUUCGACACGGUGAAAAGCCACCAAAACUACCCAAUGGACAAGACCCGGAUGGUCUUUCGACGCAGGGUGUUCAACGUUCCCAAGCCCUUGUCCAGGUCUUUGGAAGCAGCAGCCCUUACAUCCUUGGGUACAUCAUUGCUCAACGUCCCAAGGAUGACGGCAAAGAAGAUCGCCCUUACUUGACCAUCAAACCACUCGCAGACUCUCUCAAGCCGAACGUGGAAUUUUCCCACAAAGUCCACCGAGAUGAUGCUGCAGGUGUCGCACAAGCUGCUCAAGCCUUCCAAGGCCCGGGAAAUAUCCUGAUAUGCUGGGAGCACCACAGACUUCAAGGUAUUGCCCAGGCUAUUGGCGUCCAAGAUGCACCCGUCUAUCCAGAAGAUCGCUUCGAUGUCAUUUGGACUAUCGAAUCACCAUAUGAUCGUAUUUCGAACAUAACGUCUGAGCACUGUCCGGGCCUUGACGAUGCGCACGCUAGUGACCCAUGA